UGUACGACCCACGGAGUUGAACGAAUUUAACUCGAAUCUAGUCCUACGUGCCCUCGAAAAUAGACAAAAACAUCUAAUAAUAGUCCUCAGAAUUUGAAUGCCGAAUGAGUAUGAGGCGUUUCAGCGCCGAAAGAUGCUCUGACCUUCACCGAAAUUAGAGGUCGAGUGGUCUCAGUGAGGAGGCAGGACACAGGUGUGUGCAGCUGCGUGGCAACUCAGGACCCUAAGUAUCAAUUCAACGAGCAGAUGCUGACUGUCGACGAUAGAAAGUCAAGAGGGCACGCUCGCUCGCCCUCAGACACCCAGGCCUUCCGCGAGAGAACGAAAAGAGACGCCGAGAAUGAACUGGCCGCGGAGUUGCAGAAACUGGAGAACACAGCUCCCCCACAUCUUCGCCAGCGCUUUCACGAUGAGUUCGAGGGCUUCACCAAACUGUUUCAAAGGUUCCUUCAGGAUUCGGGACCCUCAGUCAAUUGGGAGCAGAUCCAAAAGCUUCCCGAAGAUGCAAUCCGAGACUACGGCUCCCUGAAGGAGCCCACGACCGAGGAGAUCCGUGAAAUGCUGAACAAGCUGGUGGUAGUGAAGUUGAACGGAGGUCUCGGCACGAGUAUGGGUUGCCACGGACCCAAGUCCUCGAUAGUAGUUCGAAACGACCUGACCUUCCUGGACCUGACGGUGCAGCAGACCGAGCACUUGAACAAGGCCUACGGUGUGAACGUGCCCCUUGUCCUCAUGAACUCCUUCAACACCGACGCCGACACCCAGAAGAUAAUACGCAAGUACAAGGGCUUCGACGUGACCAUAAAGACCUUCAACCAGAGCUGUCACCCACGAAUAAACAAGGAGUCACUGCUCCCAGUGGCGAGGAGCUGCGACGUGGACGAGGAGCUCGAGGCGUGGUAUCCUCCAGGUCACGGGGACUUCUACGAGAGCUUCCAGCGCUGCGGACUCCUCGACGAGUUCCUCAAGGACGGCCGGGAGUACUGCUUCAUCUCGAACAUAGAUAAUCUGGGGGCGACUGUGGACAACAAGAUCCUGAAGCUCCUUCUGGACCCCAAGAGCAAGUCCCACGAGUUCGUCAUGGAGGUCACCGACAAGACGAGGGCCGACGUCAAGGGUGGAACGCUGAUCCAGUACGACGACAAACUCCGACUCCUCGAGAUCGCCCAAGUCCCCAAGGAGCACGUGGACGAGUUCAAAUCGAUCAAGAAGUUCAAGUUCUUCAAUACGAAUAAUUUGUGGGCGAAACUCAGUGCAAUUGAGAGAGUCCUCAAUGAAAAAUCCCUCGACCUGGAGAUAAUCGUCAAUCCCAAGGUCUCGGACACGGGAAUUCACGUGAUCCAGCUCGAGACAGCUGUUGGCGCUGCCAUGAAGUCCUUCGAGAGGUCCAUCGGCAUUCAUGUCGCUCGCAGCAGGUUCUUGCCUGUCAAGAAGACCUCGGAUCUCAUGCUCGUCAAGAGCAAUUUGUACGUCCUUCGGCAUGGCUCAUUGAUCAUGAGCCCCCAGAGGAUGUUCCCGGGGACUCCACUCAUCAAACUUGGGGACAAUCACUUCGCCAAGGUCGAGGAGUUCUUGAGGAGGUUCAGCACUAUCCCGGAUUUGUGUGAACUCGAUCAUCUCACUGUCUCUGGGGAUGUCACCUUUGGGAGGGAUGUCUCGCUCAGGGGAACUGUCAUCAUCAUUGCCAAUCAUGGGGACAGGAUCGAUUUACCCUCGGGGACGAUUUUAGACAAUAAAAUUGUCUCCGGAAAUCUUCGAAUUUUGGAUCAUUGAGAUGAAAAUUCGUUGUUCUAGGGUUUUUAGAUGAAAUUUUUAGAAUAUGUGAGUGCAAUUAUUUUUCACUGAACAUAAUUGGGAAGUGUGAAAGCUGGAUGGAAAAUAUUGGGCACUUAUUUUUAUAAUUUGGAAAGUGGAAAGUGGAGGAGUCACGUAAUUACCAAUUUCACUCGUUAUUUUUUCGUUAUUCGUCGAAGGGGAGAAUGUCUCGUAUUGUUUACCCAAGUUUCGUAUACAGGAAUGAUCGGUUAGGGCUCAUUAGUUGAAAUAAUGAAGCAUCGAUGAUUAUCUCCGUUAAUGAGUCUUCGUUAUCAGGAUGAGGCCGAAUUGCUCAUUACCACAUUCUUGAAUUAUCACUCGUCCGGAGUUGAUUUCGCCUGAGGACAAAUUUAGCAGGAAAACCUAGUGACCUUUACUAAUCCCAGUCAGUUAUAUCCGACGUUAGUUGGACCGACGCACCAAGAUUUUAUUGCAGGGAUUGUCCCCUAGGAUAUCCUCCACUAGAUUAAGAGUUGAUAUUACUAGUUUUUUAAUCGUGACGGCUUUAGCGAAUUUUAAUCCUCAUUCUUCGUUCCUUUUAAAUCGCGUGCGAACAAAUUUUAUGGGAAAACUUUGUGAACUCAGUGCAAAAUUCUAUUGGAUUUUUAUUACUAAAUUCCGCAGGUUAUUUGCGCAUUUUUGGUCAAUACAAAUGCUCAAUGGAAAAUAUUCCAUUGAACAAAUCAAUAGAAUUCUAUUUUUCUACACAAUUUAUUCUAUGAAGAUUUCGUAUAGAAAUUCCUCGAUUCAAUUUGUUCAAGUCUUCGAUUUUUUUUUUAAAUAAAAAGAGAAAGAAUAGAAUGCAAAAAAUAUUAAACAUUCACGUCGAGGAAUUCUUAUAGAAAAUGUCUCAACUAGUUUCUAUUGGAGAUUUAAAAAAAAAGCGCAAUAGAGCUGCAGAAUUAUUCAAUCGAAAUCCAAUAAAAUUUUCUAUCGAAUACACCAGGUUUUCUAUGAUUCCUUUUCUAUGAUAAAGAUGUUGAUGUUUGUUAUCUGAAAUAAUAUUUUUCAUCUAGUCUACACUAAAGUCAUACUCAACAGUAAAAAUCUAAUUGAAUUACACCACUAGAAAUUCGUAUUGACGUGCUGCUAACAUUUAUUGAAAAAAUUCGGACGGCUCUCGUCACCUCUCUCUCUCUCUCUCUUAUAAAUUCAUCCUCCCACUCGUAUAAAAAUUGAACGUCAAUAAAUAUAGUUUAUAACUUACGAAUAAAUAAAGCCAAAAUUACCGAUAGUUUACGAGAAAAAUAAA